GUGACGGAUGGGGGCUACCUCAUAGUCUAAAGAAAAUGGCAUCCGCCUUUGUUCCACAACCGUGGGUUACCCAGAUCUGAGCACAAUUCAGAAACAAGAGAGCCUUAUAGAGGUGACAAAUCUCAACAAGCUCCUCUACUCUGAGACCUACGUACACAAGGACGGUUAACUUCAAGCGACCCAUAUUAUCCUCGAGUAUUGGCCCUCAUAUCCCUGCUUCCAAAAAGGCCAAGACUUGAUCAAGGUUAUUGACUAGUGUCUGCCCUAUAUUAACGUCUACCUAAAAGGGUUCAUUCCAUCUCCGUUGCCAAUCGAGCAACUCCAUUUUCGUUGGCAUCGAGGAAACUCUCUGCCACCUUUUACGAACGCUGAUCUUGGAGUUUCGGUAGCGAUUCUGAGCACUGAACUAAUGGUUUCGAGCAUUCCCCUCGGUAAGGUUCUUGAAGUUCGUGAAGUCAUUCGUUCAAAGGUUCUUGAUCUAGACAUGUCUUUCCAGAGGAUAUGGCCAGACAUUUCAGAGCCUCUCAACAGACCCCAUCCUUAGCUUAGCCUCCUUCGACUGCCUAGACGAGAGAAAGACCAAGGAAAAGAAAUAAAACUGCCCGAGCUGAGGUGCUUACGGCCACUAUUCCGACCUCCACAACUCCAAGCCAAGUGUCGCCUUCUCCUGUUCCCGAAGCGACCAUGGGGUCUUCGAAACCUCCCCCUCAUCCUUACUCCUGUGAGUUCAUGCCUAAAGGUGCUUUACUACCGUUCACAGAAGGGGUCAGACCAUGUGCAUAUGAGUAUAAGGGUGAAGUAGCUAAGUGCGUGGGUAAAGCUCUGCUUCUUCUUUAAGACAUGGCGCUCUAGGAAAGGAUGGAAGAUGAUGGGAUGCUCUAUGCCUUGAAAAGGAACGUGGUCUUGAGCUAUAGGGGCUUGGUGGACAUGGACAAGAGGCUCUCUAAGGCCAACGCAAAGCCUAAGGAGGUCGAGUCCGAGUAUGAGAGGUUGAUAAGCAAGAUCAAGGACCUCAUGGCCAAAGUGAAUAAGUCCGAGACCCACUGUACUAAGGCUGAAGAUGAAGUAUCGACCUUGAAGGCUAGCCUGGAAGAGGCUAUGAAGAAGUUGGCAGAGUCUUCAGAGGCCUUGAAAGAGAAAACUUUCGAGUUGGAGAAGAAAGACGCAAAUCUUAGCGAGAGGCUCUAAAAGGCGUAUAACGAAGGCCAUGAGGACGCCAAGGAUUACCUUAGGCCCCAAGUGAGGAAGUCUUGUUACUUGGCUUUUGUGGAUGGCUGGGUGAGUGCGUUGGAUGCCCUGCAUGUGAAAGCUUUUUCAACGCUUCGGAAUGAGGAAGAGAUGCCCAUUCUUAGCAAUUACCUUCCAGAGGAGCCAACUGCUAUAAAAGCUGAUAUGGAAGGGUCUUUGGUGGAGAUUCUUGAAAGA